AAUGGCAGCGCCUUACAUUCGUAUUCUGGACCUUGCCAAGGUCCAAUGUCGUAUCUUUUCACUUAACUUUAAUCCGCAAAGGUUACGACUGGGAAACAAGGUUCUUCGACAGCGACUCCGCGGCCCAACGCUUGCAGAAUGGUAUCCGAAAAAGGCUGUUUCUUUCCGUGAUUUACAAGACAGUUACAAGCCUUUCGGCUUAACCACGUUCGAUGAAGCAGAGGAUGACAGAGAGGAAGCAAUCCAAAUUGCGAAGCUUCGAGGAAAGGGCCGCCCAAAGAAAAAGAGAACAGCCGCUGAAUCGAGAUCCGCAAAGAAAAAGAAAUAGAGAGGAAAGGACAGGCAUAACCUCCUAUGUUCUCAUGUCAAAAAUAAUAAUCCUGAAAUAUUCCUGUAUUAUAUCUCAAGUUGGAGCCCAAGUGGGCGCAAUUCCGUUCUCCAUCAGAUUUAUGUUGGGAUGUUUAUAGAUGCUCAUUACUCGCCCUUUAUGUUUGUGAAGUCUUCGCUCGGUCCGGUCUGAAAUCUCUGGAAAUAUACAUGGCUAAAUGGGGGCUGAAACCCCAAAAGAUGGCCUCUGUAGACUUGGGUGUGCCAUGCAACGUAAUUUUCCUUAAUCUCCAGGAUGUUUUCCCAGUGUACACUCUACACUCCCACGGGUUUCUUACCGGAUCAGAAGAACACAAUGGCUACGUGGACUUGAUUUUGGAAAUCAGCGAUGGUAUAGUGGAUCACUCGUUCAUCUGAUUAAUAUUAAAUAAUGAGCGUUUUUCGCCUUA